GCAUUUCAGCGCGAAUCUUGGCAUCUACCUCAUUCUUCCCUUUUCGUUUGCAGAGAUAUCCUUGCAAAAGGUCCUACAAAGCCUAAUUCUGUUGAGGAAUACCUGAAGGACUUCAUCCAGGACCUGAAGCAUGUAACUCAGCAUGCCCCUCUUCAGCAUUGUGGAGUUCAGAGAGGAAGUGUCAAGUGAAGGAAGGGCUCUUGUGGAUAUUAUUCCAUCAUGUUGGUUCACUGAUGAGGACAAGACGGACUGUUUUUGGCCAGCAGGCCACAAUCUUAAUAUCACCAAGGCAGUGAAACAGCGGCAAAGACCAGAUGCUUCAUGGGGGACAUACAGUGUGCGUGCACUUGGACAUGCAGACACAUAUGAGGAUGCUCGACGCAAGCUUGCACGAGCAGAGGCUACUUCUGAUCUUCAAACAGACAACGAUGUACCAAAGAAGAGACAAAGAAGGCGAUCCAUGAGAGCCCCACCCCUUGAAUCAAGUGAAGAGGAAUCCGAUACAUGUGGUGACGAUGAAGUGCCUCCCUCUCCUCCCAUUGAAUUUGGUAGCCAUUUUAAAGCAUAUAAGCCAAUUGUAAGUGCGAGAGUAACCAGUCACGAUGCUUACUCAGGAAGCACCAGUACACCAUACAGAGUAAAUGACUAUAGUUCCACCCCGACUCUGCAAAGCCCCAGUGCCACCCCGACUCUGCAAAGCCCCAGUGCCACCCCGACUCUGAGAAACCCCAGUGCUACCCCGACUCUGAGAAGCCCCAGUGCUACCCCGACUCUGAGAAGCCCCAGUGCCACCCCGACUCUGAGAAGCCCCAGUGCUACCCCGACUCUGAGAAGCCCCAGUGCUACCCCGACUCUGAGAAGCCCGAGUGCCACUCCAACUCUGAGAAGCCCGAGUGCCACUCCAACUCUGAGAAGCCCGAGUGCCACCUCAUGUGUGAGCAGUGCCAGUAGCGCCUCCUCAAGUCUUAACAGUGCCAGUAGCCUUGGAGAAGCCAUGUGUAUAAAAUUGCUAACUUUACUUGAGGAAGUGAAGGACACACAGAGAGUGCAUAGCAAAAUGCUUAACACUUUGCUGAAGCAAAGAGAGGCUUCGACGUUGUCAGAACCACCACAGGGAGCAGUGUUUCCGUUAACAACUAUUGAUGAUGUCCAGGCCAUGAACGAGAAGCUGUCAGACUUGGAGUUCAUGUCAAGGGUUGUUGCCAUGGUUGGAGAAAUUGGAGGUUCUUCGAUAGAUGACGCAACCCGAAGAAUGAUGGCGUUUAUAAUGUCACCUGACCUGGCACUGCAAUACAACCUCUUUGGACGUCAUGGGAAGAAACCCUUCAGGGAGCUACGUCUAUUUGAUCUUGUUUACGGAGCACUGAAGAAGAACAUCCUUACAAAGGACAUAAACCACAAGGAUGCGGAGAAGGCUUUCUCAAAAUGGUUUACAGGAGCUCGGGACAGAGGGGGCAAGCGGGCCGUCAGAGCACAGAGGGAGUUCAACAGAAGGGGUGAAACACAGGCUCUUCAGUCUCAAGAUGAGACACAAAUCCAAUAGAGGUCAACGAUCUGGUACUGGAGGUAAAAGUCUAUAUACGGACAAUUGUUUGUAUACGGAUUUUAAAAAAUGUCAGUUGAGGGUUUGAUUGGCAAAUUUAUUUUCAAAAACUAGAGCUAAAAAAAAGUGGGUGGGCAGCGUUGUGACUGUCCUCCUGUGUGAAGAUUUGUGUGGAGUUUUUUUGUUCAAAGUUGGCAAUGUUCGUUUUCUGUUCAACCUUGUCACUCUUUUGUACCAUCUGUUCUCAACAUAUGCAGUUUGUGUAUUCACUAGUUACAGUGGGGUAGUUUAACUCAGACGGUGAUGAUGACACUGACUCAUAGUCCGCAAGUUGUUCUGCCUAUAUAGCCCAAAACCUCUUAUUCACACUGUUUUAAGUCAAACCAAAGCUCUACAAGGUUGAAAUUUAUACUUUUUUUAAAAGAACAGUGAAGACCUAACUAUGGUAAAAGUAGUUAAAAAUAGUUCCCAUGCCUGCCAUUGUGGUUUCUGUUAUGUAUUCCAUGAUAUUUUGAGCAGUAAAGCGAAAGCAGCCAUUUGCAAUGCUUACAAUGCCCAAUGUUUA